AUGGAAUUACAGGACUGCUCGCUGCGCCUCAUGCGGCACUUUAUGUGUUGCAUAUUGCUCUUGCCACCUCGUCCACAACUGCAUCUGAAGCUGUUCUAUAGUCUGAGUAUCUUGACUUAUCUCAUCAUCAUUACACAUUGGCGCUUUGGCUUCGAGUACGAAGUGAACUAUGAUUAUAUGAAUGAUUAUUUCUCGCGAGCUGUUGAUUUGUUUAAUUUCGUCGCCUUGAUUUCGGGACAUGUGACUGUUGCCCUGGAAUUGAUCUGGAGGAAUCGCAGUGUUGUCAUCGAUCAGAAGUUUCAAGAGUUGCAAAACACUUUGCACGAGAAAUUGGGACACAAAGUGAAUGUGAAGAGAAUUCAAUUGCAUUGCAACUUGGUAUUCAGUUUUCUCUUUCUGCGAGUUAUUGUGCUGACAAUUAUGACUCUGAUGAACUUUACAACCACAAGCACCUAUUUUCUCUACGUGUUGAACUUCUAUUCGGAAAUGGUGGAAAUUCUGCGAUGCUGCGAGUUCAUUUUGCACGGAGUUCUUGUUCUGUCCAUCUAUCAGGAAUUGAACUAUGCGAGUUAUCAGUUGGUUCUGGAACUGCAGACGAAAAACAAUUUGUGUGUGGAACGCAUAUUUGUGAUGCAAGAGCUGCAUCAACUGUUGUGGCGCACACAGCGUGAGAUUGAGAAAAACUUUGAGCUGAGUAUCAUUGUGAUUAUGAUGAAGAACUUUGUGGACACCUCGGUUAUUCCUUACUGGAUGUAUGUCAGCAGAAACUUUGACAAUUUUGCACUGCAUUCAUGUGAGUAA